AUGGAACUAUCCAAGACUUCCAUGGAAAAAAUUGAUGAUGCAAUUAAAUCAAUGGCUGAUUUUGGUUUCUCAAAGGAAACUGUUGCACGAGUAUUGAAAAAACUACUAAAAGUAUAUGAUGGAAACUGGGAGCAUAUAGAAGCUGAUAACUAUUCUGUUUUGGCUGAUGCUAUACUUAGUGAUUCAGAUCCCGAACAGGAAGGGCAGAAAAAGCGAGCUGAGAAGAAGAAUCUGGAUUCAGACCACCAUAGAAAGAAGCUCAAGACUAAAGAGCAUGGCCAGAAGGCGAAAUCUUGUAUGCAUGGCAGUGUGAAGAGAGAGUUGGCUGAAGUGCCACGUCAGCAAGAAGCAGAAUCCCUUGAGGGGAGAACCACUGCUAACCAAUUGCUGGAGUCUUCACAAACUAUCAUUAGUAAGGAACAAAAAAUGAAAAUAAGUCGUGCAGAGACUACAAGAAUUGGUGAAAAUGGUUCGACUUUACUUGAAAGUCAAGAUCCUUGCACCUUUGAGACCCCACUUGCAGUUAUGUGUCCUGAAGUUUUAGAACCCAGCUGUCAUAAUGGACAUGAAGAUGCUCACAUGAUUUCUGGUGUCAAGCACCCUACUGAUAAGAAGUUUAAAGGUAUUUUGGUUGCGCAUGAAGGACAGAUGGUUGAUGCAUGUAGCAGCCAAGCAAUUGUAAUCAGCAAAGAUUUUUCCACCAACUUUGAGGUUGAAUUGUCCAACUGUGGAAAAGGGAAGCUAUCAUUCUUGUUCAACCCUUCCUUGGCAAAUGGUUCUGAUUUUCAAAUGCCUGGCAUUGAGUCAAUAUGCAAGGCAAUGGAGGCUAAAUGCCUCAGGACAUACAAGAUCCUAGAACCCAAUUUCUCUUUCAUGAAACUUUUGGAUGAUACUUGCCAGUGUAUUCUUGAUCUGGGUUCUGGACCCAAUGGUGGUAGUGCUGAUUCUGGAGGUAACCAGAAUAAUCCUAGUAAUAUGCAGGUUAUUCAGCAUCUACCCACAGGCAUCAAGAGACAAUAUCAUGAUGUCAAUGAUAUAACGAGGGGUGAAGAAUGUUUGAGCAUUCCAAUAGUCAAUGGAGAGGAUGGGGUUCUUCCUCCUCCAUUUUACUAUAUAUCGCAAAAUACCACCUUCCAAGAUGCCUAUAUCAACCUCUCACUUGCUAGAAUUGGAGAUGAAAAUUGUUGUUCUGGUUGUUUUGGAGAUUGUCUAGCAGAGCCACUUCCUUGCGCUUGUGCACGAGAAACCGGUGGAGAAUUUGCAUACACAAGAGAUGGCCGGCUUAAGGAAGGAUUUCUAGAUGCUUGUGUCUCAAUGCUCCGGGAACCACUUGAACGAUCUUACUUCUACUGCAAGGGUGUUUGUCCUAUUGAACAAAUGAAGGGAGUAAACAAACCUGAAGCUUGUAAAGGGCACCGUAUUAAGAAAUUUAUCAAGGAAUGCUGGAGAAAAUGUGGUUGUACUAGAGAUUGUGGAAACCGUGUGGUUCAGCGAGGCAUUACUCGCAAGCUGCAGGUGUUCUUAACUCCAGGGAAAAAGGGUUGGGGCUUGCGCUCUGCUGAAAAUCUUCCUCGUGGUGCUUUUGUCUGUGAGUAUGUUGGUGAAAUAUUAACAAACACUGAACUAUAUGAGCGAAACACUGAGCUAUCUGGGAAAAAUAACCAAAAGGCUGGUAAAGCAAAGCAUACAUAUCCUGUGCUCCUCGAUUCUGACUGGGGCACUGAAGUUGUUCUGAAGGAUGAGGAAGCCCUCUGUCUAGAUGGUACUUUUUAUGGGAAUGUGGCGAGGUUUAUAAACCACAGAUGCUUUGAUUGCAAUAUCAUUGCAAUUCCUGUUGAGAUUGAGACGCCUGACCACCACUACUAUCAUCUGGCAUUCUUCACAACGAGGGAAGUAGAGCCUUUUGAAGAACUGACAUGGGACUAUGAAAUCGAUUUUGAUGAUGUCAACCAUCCUGUCAAGGCAUUCAAAUGCCAUUGUGGAAGCAAAUUUUGUCGGGACAAAAGGCGCAUAUCAAGUUGUUUUGCUGGUGAUAUUUUGUUGCUUAGGUUAUAUCAGCUGACUGUAAAGGUUGACAUGCUUCCACAGGAGGAUCUAAAUCUAGAGCUCUGGUGUUACCUUGAGAAUAUUCAAGAGUCUCAAGGCGAUAACGAGUUUUGCAGGGUCCUAUUCUGA